GUUUACAAUACUAAGAAAUAUUAUGGAGUAAAAGUGCAUGGAGUGGUGUUGGCACACUCCUUGUUGUAGCCAUGAACCCGAUGAACCAAAGGCACCAAAAGCGUGUCAAGCCAUGGAUGGUGCUGGUUGGUGGCUUCAGUCUGGUGAAGUUGAUGGGAGCCUUCGUGCCACCACCACAGGCGGUUCCAGUGAGAUGCCCACCACGCCUUGGGGCACGCGGCAUUGGGCAUGUGGUUGGCUCAUGCAUCAUGGCAGCCCCAGCCUAUGCCUCUGACACGUCGGGAAGGGAUUUUCAACAAUUCGUUGACGACGUUGGGCGAAACCGCGACUUCUUCAUUAGCGUGGUGCGCAGCCUUCGCAGCUCAUUUGGGCAAUUGGUGGUGGCGUUCAAAGCCUCUCCCAGAAGGCAAACUAAGAAGCGCUGGCAAGACCAUGGAGCCUUUUGAACCCAGCAGGCCGCAAGACGAGGUCAUCCAAAGGCCAGUGAUGGAAACUCUCCGGCAACGCAUUGCGAGCUGGCAACAACAUGCGACCAUCAUUGGGGGUCGGUACCAGUCAGGAAAGUCUGUGGCAACAGAAGAAGCCUUGCGCGGGGUGCGAGGUGUUGUUCGAUUUACCAUCAGAAGUGCCGAUUGGGCAGAUCGGAUGUGCAAGCAACUGGGAGUAGAUGACGAAGGGCUGUUCAAAGAGGUCAUGCGGCGAGUGCCCGAGAAGCUCAAGGACUUCCCCAACAACCUCACCAAGUUUCCAAUCCUUCUUCUUGAAGUCCCUCGUACAACCACCGAAGGCAUCAACUUAAUCUCUUCUACUGCGAAGGAUGUGGCGACGGACAAAAUCGGAAGUGCCAUUCAUGUGAUUGUAUCAGCCUCCUCGGCAGCAGUGGCGCUGGCUUUCGAUGCUGGUGGAACUGAAAGACAGGAAGACAUUUGGGUUGCUGACUUGACGGAGGAGGAAGCGAAGGAGUUUUUGGCACUGCAUGGGCAUGAGAAGAAUUGGAAAGACUUCGUGGAUGCUUGUGGCUUGCGGAUUGGCGACUUGGUGAAGGCCUGUGAGAAUCUGAAGAAAGGAAUGUCAUUGGACAACACUAAGCAAGAGUAUCAGCGACUUGCUACUGUGGAAGUUGUCGGCUUCAUGGAGCUUCAAGUGCACCCCAAGGUCACGGGGCGCGAAGGUUUUCAACAGCAUUCGCAUCCUCCCUCGGGAGCUUGCCGCGCUAAUUCGCAACAAGAGUUGUCAUGCUGUGUAUUUUCACCCUAUCAAGAAGCGCUUCUUUUUUGCUUCCACAUUGCAUAAGGAAGCCGCUGAAGCGCAACUGGCAAAUCCAUGACCGAUCUUUUGCGAAAUUGGACGGAAGACUUCAGCUCCUUCGCUGUCUUGCUUGUGCAUGUUUUCCAGCCCCGUAAGCACAACGCAUGCAUAGUGUCAGCUAUGUGAGAUGGUGCAUUUUGAAAUCCCAUUCACAGAUAUUCGCAAAUAGGCA